CACAGGACAGUCCUUACCACGACCAGCAUGCCAGCCCCAUCAUGGCUUAGACGAGCUGCUUGCUCUGGCUUGAGUGGGACCUUGCCGGGCUUGCAUUUUCGCUUCUGUACUGUUCAGAAGCGCCCCUUCGCCGAUAGUACGAGCCAGGAAGCUCCAUGGAUAGUACGAGCCAGCGAAGCCAACCAUCAGGCUUUGGCUGCGGAGAGCAUCUCAAAGCAUGGCUUUGUCAUAUUGAAGAAUUUGUUUGAUGCAGAGGAGUUGAAGACUUUGACAGCACCCGCCACUUCUAAGGCCGAAGAAAUCAUGAGCACAUUAAGGAGUAAGCGCGUCUCCCUGGGGAUAGGCAGUCGUGCUGGGUUCCGCGAAGUUUGUUUGCGAUCGCCUGGCCGGUAUGACAUCCCUUGUGAGUUCAAGGAGUUUCCAUCAGAACUCCUGGAAAGAAUUGAGAGCAUCGCAAGCAAAGUUCUUGCCGACACGAAGUCCUCAGCUGAAGCUGGCAGGGCACAAGAUCUGGGUAUACCCGGUAGAGCCUUCGCUGGUUUGGUUCGAGCUCAACCGAAAUCAGAGGCACAAAUCUGGCACGCUGACUCACCGCACAGUGUACCUGAACAUCAAGGUCCACAUUUGUUGAAUGUUUUGGUGCCAUCGGGCAGCGUCACCAGCGAGAUGGGACCCACUGAGCUAGUGCCUGGUUCGCACUUGUUGACCAACCAUUUAAAGGAUUCAGCGCAGUUUGGCACAGAGAUCCUUUACCAAUCUGAAAGCAACUCUCCACAGAUGAUUGGUUCAUCCGAAGAACCGAUCGCGGCCACCAUGGAUGCAGGUUCCAUACUGAUUUUUGAUGACCGGGUGCUUCAUAGAGGAGGGCAGAACCGCGCUGCACGUGACCGAGAUGUCACCUUCUUCAGUUACACUAAAGCUGACUUCAUGCCGUCCACCUAUUAUGAGUCCGUCCGUACCCUGAAGACCUAUGACCACACAGCCAUGGCUGCGACCAUUCGGUCAGAAUUCCCGGGUCUGAGACAUGGUAAGGAUGCCCCUGUGUUGGCAGAUGGUGCCAGCGGCUCCCAAGUGCACCAGAGUGUGUUGGAAGCCAUGAUGGAGCAGCUUCGUUUUGGCACAGCGAACAUCGGCGGCAGCUAUGACUCCAGCCGCCGUGCGGAACAAGCAGUGGCCAGCGCACGCAGUGCCAUGGCGCAUUUCCUGAACUGUGCAAAGGAAGAGAUUGCCUUUGGACCGAGCAUGACAGCCCUGGUAUACCAUUUGUCUCGGGCUUUCCGGAAUGGCGUAGCGUUUGCAGCUGGAGACAACAUUGUUCUGGAUCCCAUCAGUCACGGUGCCAACGUUUGGCCCUGGGUCCAAUUGGCCAAGUCCAAUGGGGUCGAAAUUCGGUGGCUACCUACUCACCAGGACCUUUCUCGCUGUGCCUUGGACGGAAGCCCGGACGCUGUCGGAGCCGUGGUAGACCAUCGAACACGUUUGGUGGCCAUGGGUGCUGCCUCCAACGGCGUGGGAACUGCGCAUGACAUCACCAGCCUGUGUCAGAGAGCUCGUGACCUUUCCAAUGGAAAUGCCUGGACUUUUGUCGAUGCUGUUCACUAUGCUCCUCAUGGUCAUUUAGACGUGCAAAGCAUCGGCUGCGACUUUCUGGCAUGCUCUCCCUACAAGUUCUUUGGUCCCCAUGCAGGUGUCCUCUACGGGAGACGAGCUACCUUGGAAUCCCUUCCAGCUGAUCGCUUGGACUGUUCAGACAACUCCUUGCCAAGCAUUGAGAACGGCAACAUGUCCCGCUGGGAGUUGGGCACGCAGAACUAUGAGGCCCUUGCCGGUAUCACGGCAGCUGUGAAGUAUUUCGCAGAGCUGGGCGAUCGCUUUGGGGGAGCGAGGGGUGCCACCAUGACCGAACGCAUCGAGACAGGUUUUCAUGCUAUUUGCGCGCACGAAAACGAGUUGAAACGUCGAAUGCUCGAAGGCCUACGAAGCAUGCCAAACAUGCAAGUGCUGGGUGUUGCAGAUCCUGAAGAUGUGCAACAUCGCACGUCAACUUUUGCUGUGGCCAAGAGGGGGCUUGCUGCACAGGAACUUGCAGACAAGCUGUGCGAGAGGGGCAUUUGGUGCACUGCUGGCAACCACUACGCUUCUUUCUGGGAGAAACAUGGUGCCACAGCCGAGGGCAUGACGCGCUUAGGGUUGCUUCAUUACAACACCUUAGAGGAGGUAGACCGCAUUUUGGAAGCUCUGGACCAUUUGUAGAGGGCAGACCAGAAA